AAUAGCCGGGUCGGAAACUUCUCCCGGGUCUAUUGUUCUUUCGGAUCAGAAAUUCCGUUUAUAUAGACAUUUAAGGAAAAGAACUUAACAGUUUCAAGAAUGGGCCGUGGUGCUACAGAAAGCACAUUGAUUCAUCACGUUGUUAUAGUGCUUCUCCUUCUAUGGCUGCUCAAUUCCUUGAAUUGGUGUCACCCUUUUGCUUAUUUUAUCUCCAUAGCUUAUAUCUAUUUGGUUCAUGAGAGCUAUGUGAGUAGAUUGAGGAAGAGAUUGCAGUUUGAGGAAAAAAAGCAGUCGUAUCAAAGACGGCUGCUUUCUGAUUCAGAAAGCGUAAGAUGGUUGAAUCAUGCGUUAGAGAAGAUCUGGCCUGUUUGUAUGGAGGAAAUUGUCUCUCAGAAAAUUCUCCUUCCCAUCAUACCAUGGUUUAUGCAAAAAUAUAAACCCUGGACAGUGAAAAGUGUUGUUGUCCAGAAUUUGUACUUAGGAAGAUGCCCGCCUUUGUUCACUGAAAUGAGAGUUCUUCAGAACUCCACCGGAGAUGAUCACUUGGCCUUGGAGUUGGGAAUGAACUUCUGCACGGAGGAUAUGAAUGCAGUAUUAGCUGCAAAACUGAAGAAAAGAUUGGGUUUUGGGAUGUGGGCAAAAUUACACUUGUUAGGCAUGCAUGUUGAAGGGAAGGUUUUGGUAGGUGUGAAGUUUCUCCCCCAGUGGCCAUUUCUUGAUCGUUUAAGGGUUUGCUUUGCUGAGCCACCUUAUUUUCAGAUGACUGUGAAACCUAUAUUCUCUCAUGGACUAGAUGUUACAGAAGUCCCAGGGAUUGCUGGAUGGCUGGACAAACUUUUGGCCCUUGCUUUUGAGCAGACUCUUGUUGAGCCAAACAUGCUAGUUGUUGAUGUAAAGAAAUUUGUGUCUCCACAACCAGGUACCAGCUGCUACUUGCUCUAUGUGGCCCAGUUUUUCCUCCUCUUUUUUGAAGUUGGGUGAGAUGGUGGACACACUAUUAUCUCUUGUACAUAGUUAUUGAGCUAGUUACAUUGAUGUGCAUAAAGUUACAUCUAUUUU